CCUAGCAACACAGGAAACUAUCUACCCACAGACACGCACCGCAGGCUGUUCGAGAGAAAGGAAGUGAAGUGAAGUUAUGCGCCCCGAAGAUCAGUCGAGCUGAGGAUUGGGAAGGAACGUGCCGAGAGCACGGAACAGGUGAACAUGAUGCUACCGCUGCUCCCUCUGCUCCUUCUCUCGUGGAGUGUGUGCGAGUCCGCUUCUCUGCCUGAGGUGAGCUGCUACAUUGUGAACCUGGAGUACGUGAAGUGUACAUGGAACCAGCCCAAAGCUCCUGUGCUCAACUACACCUUCUUCGCAGGCUGGAGAGAGUCCCUGACCCCGAGUGUGCCUGAGUGUCCCCGGUACCUGCUGGAUGAGGAGGGUGUGUCAGUGGGCUGCAGAUACCCCUACAGUGAGCCUGAUCGUUUCAGGACAUUCUGCACCUCACUGAUGGGGCCAGGGGGACUCUCAGUCAACCAAAGCCACUCUCUCACCAAUAAAGUGAAACUGAAUCCCCCGGUCGGCCUGCGGCUGCAGAGGAAGGGACGUGUUCUGGAGCUAACCUGGGAGGUCAAAGCUGGCUACAAGCGCGUGCACUGCAUCCAGAGCAGGGUCCAGUAUGCCCUCAACGAUAAUUGGCAGAAUGCCAACGAGCUGGUUCCUGGAUCAAUGGAGUUCUUCGUGGCGUCCCCCUCCAAUAACAGUCAGUACAAGUUACGGGCGCAGGCGCGCAUUUCCUCAAACUGUGGUGAAUCAGAGUGGAGCGAGUGGAGCCCCCUAGUGGUAUGGGGGAACCGCACAGACACCUCCCGAGCUCCUCCUGCUGUGGCGGUGUCAGGGAUGUCUCUGGUCCUGUAUGUGUGUCUAGCAGCGGUGGUGCUCAUUCUGCUCUCCUGUCUGUUAGUGCACAGUGAAAGACUGCGGAUCACACUCAUCCCCAUGGUACCCAACCCUGGCAAGAACCUGACGGAACUCAUCGACACGUACAAUGGAAACGUGGAGAAAUGGCUGUGCAUCUCCAAAGAGCUGCAGGAGGGCUUCAAGCCCACGUUCACGGAGCGCACGUACCCGGUCCGGGAGUACCAGCUGCUGGCCCAGACCAGUGUGGAGAGCGACAGCGGCGUGUCCCUGUCUGACUCGCCCUCGCCCUCUCUCUGCUCCUACUCCUCCACCUCCACCCUGCCUUGCAGCCCCGACCCCUCACCCAACGGAUCCUGCUGAACAUGCCCCGACCCCUCACCCAACGGAUCCUGCUGAACAUGCCCCGACCCCUCACCCAACGGAUCCUGCUGAACAUGCCCCGACCCCUCACCCAACGGAUCCUGCUGAACAUGCCCCGACCCCUCACCCAACGGAUCCUGCUGAACAUGCCCCGACCCCUCACCCAACGGAUCCUGCUGAACAUGCCCCGACCCCUCACCCAAACGGAUCCUGCUGAACAUGCCCCGACCCCUCACCCAAUGGAUCCUGUUGAGCUCUUCCCAGUGCCUCACUGACCGAAUCCUGCUGAACAUGCCCCAAACCAUCAUGAACUGGAUCCUAUACUUGCCACACCUGCAACCUCCUCAACAUACUUUGUGUGUUUGUAUGUAUGUGUGUGUGUAUGUAUGAGUGUAUGUGUGUGUCUGUGUGAGUGAGUGUCUGUCUGUCUGUCUGCUUUUUUAAAGGGUGAUUGUUGUGUUUUGUGUACGUCACCGCUUGCUGCGUAUUGCAGAUUUAGAAGGCCAAUCAACGGAGAUGAAUAUAUGUCAGAGACUAAGUCCUAGUCUCAUGCCAUGGAGCUUGUAGUCAUAUGUGUGUGUGUGCGUGUGCGUGUGCUUGUGUGUGUGUGCUAGUGUGUGUGUGUGUGCAUGCUGGUGUGUGUGUGUGUGUGUGUGCUGGCGUGAUAAUGCUUCUCUGAUAUUAGCAUGCAGCUAUAAUGGGACGUUAUAGCGAGUGCUUACGUAAUAAUGCUACUAUGAUAUUAGCAUGCAGCUAUAAUGGGACGUUAUAGCGAGUGCUGACGUGAUAAUGCUUCUCUGAUAUUAGCAUGCAGCUAUAAUGGGAUGUCAUAACGAGUGCUUACAUGAUAAUGCUACUAUGAUAUUAGCAUGCAGCUAUAAUGGGAUGUCAUAACGAGUGCUUACAUGAUAAUGCUUCUCUGAUAUUAGCAUGCAGCUAUAAUGGGAUGUCAUAACGAGUGCUUACAUGAUAAUGCUACUAUGAUAUUAGCAUGCAGCUAUUAUGUGAUGUUAUAGGGAGUGCUUACAUCAUGAUAUUGGACAAGACAUCUUAAACAGGCCUCUUUCUUAUACCUCUUACAAUAACUUGAUAGCUGUGUAUUUUUUAUUUUUGAAUGAUGCAAGUAUACAUUUUAAACCAAGA